GCUCAAGACACCCACGCCAAGAUGCCGUCUCAGAUGGAGCAUGCCAUGGAGACGCUAAUGUUCACGUUCCACAAGUACGCCGGCGACAAGAACUACCUGACGAAAGAGGAUCUCCGGCUGCUGAUGGACAAGGAGUUCCCUGGGUUUUUGGAUAACCAAAAAGACCCCAUGGCCGUGGAUAAGAUCAUGAAGGACCUAGACCAGUGCCGGGACGGCAGAGUCGGCUUCCAGAGCUUCUUCUCGCUAGUGGCUGGGCUGACCAUCGCGUGCAACGACUACUUUGUGGUACACAUGAAGCAGAAGGGGAGAAAAUGAAGAGGUGACUGGAGACGCCCCCCGCCUAACUCCUAACCCCAAAGUCAUAUAAAGGGGGCCACGAGGUGGCCUGGAUCUGAGCUCCCAACUGGCCAUUGGCACCAAUGGAAAGUUGUGCGCAAGAAUCAAGGCCUCAGUGUGGCCCCGCGGAUGUGCAAACAGACUCACGAGUCGCCAGGUAACAGGCAGGAGAGAGCUUGCGUUCCCUGCCCCAGAGCAGCUUAUGAUUUGUAUAUUAUAGCCCUGCCUUGCCCUAGAAUAAAGAAUCCCUCUCUCUGGUUUUUUAAUUCCUAA